UCAAACUCAGUGAUUUGCUCUUUCACGAGAGUUCAAAGUCAGAAUCAUGGCAUCCAUUUAUGGAGACAUCAUGAAAGUAGACACCACCGGUGCAUCGGAGAAGACAGCAAAACAAGACAAAUUAACCAUAAAGGGGGUUGAAGCCUCUAAAAAAAUGGCUGAAACCGAUCUGGCCCGGAUGGAGAAAUACAAGAGUAUAAUUAUCAAAGUUGGCAAAGCAAAGCAGAUGGACCCAGCUGUGAUUGCUGCCAUCAUAUCCAGAGAGUCCAGAGCUGGAGCCGUUCUAAAGGAUGGGUGGGGCGACCAUGGCAAUGGCUUUGGUCUCAUGCAGGUUGACAAACGCCACCACACUCCAACAGGUCAGUGGGACAGUGAGCAGCAUAUCAUUCAAGCUACUGAUAUACUCAUUGGCUUUAUUAAAGAAAUAAAAGCUAAAUUUCCCAAGUGGACACAAGAGCAAUGCUUGAAAGGGGGAAUAUCAGCCUACAACGCAGGUGUGAAGAAUGUCCAGACAUAUGAGCGCAUGGACAUCGGCACCACAGGAGAUGAUUACGCCAAUGAUGUUGUUGCCAGAGCCCAGUGGUUUAACAGCAAGGGUUACUAAGGAACAGCAGUUGUGAACCUGUUAUAAACCCUUACAUUAGUAGAAUGACAAGAUGACAAAUUCUGAUCCUUUGGGAAUAGCCUACUGCAGUUAUUAGAUGCUAAUGUAAUCUUUCUAUUUUAAGAGUUUGUGGCGUUUCCAGAAUGAAACUGCACAGUGCAUUUUUUGUGAUGAUAAUGAGGUAAAUAAAAAUAAUUUAUUUACUCAAAUCAUUUGUCUACUAUUUAUCACACCUUUCCAACCCUCAAAUUCCUCAUUGCUCCUGGAAGUAGCUGAAAGAGUUUGUUGU